ACCGGGCGCCGCCCCCGCCCGCCUCGCCUCCGGACCGCCGAGGGUCUCUGGGCUUCUCCCCGCUGCGGGGCAUGCGCUGUGGUGCGAGAAGGGGUGGGGGCGGCCCGGAGCAGAUCAUUGUUAAGUAUGUAGCUACAYCUGAAGAACUAUGAAGUGGCUUUGUGUCAUGCUGACUAACGACAUAGGGCAUCUUUUAAUGUUAUACCGAGCAAUGCUUCCAAGACACCUGAAACUCAUUCCCCGUGUUUAUGGCAAUAGACUGUUAUCGGGUUACAAACCUAAAAGCAAUGUGAAGGACUCUUACAGAAUCCUUGAGCUGCAGGAAGGAUGCUCCCUUGACGACAUCAGGAAUUCGUACCGAAAUCUUGCCAAAAAAUACCAUCCGGACAGCGGUUCCGCCACAGCUGACGCCGAAGCGUUUGUGAAAGUGGAGGAAGCGUACCGAGUUGUGCUCAACGACGUGGCAAGCAAAAAGAAAUGCCCUGAGGAUGAAGAGGAAGACCAGUUCAAAUCAAAAUCCCUCCAACACAGACACUACUUGAGCUUUGAAGGGGUUGGCUUUGGGAUGCCGAGCCAGAGAGAAAGGCAGUACAUGCAGUUUCGAGUAGACCGUGCUGCUGAGCAAGUGCUGGARUACCGGAAGCAGAGGCUCGAAGGCCAGAGUGCUGUGACUGACCUCAUGAAAGCCAAAGAUGUGAGACRGAGCAAAAAGGUGAAAAUAACGCAAGCCGUGGAACGGUUGGUUGAGGACCUCAUCCAGGAGUCCAUGGCUAAAGGAGACUUUGACAACCUCAGCGGUAAAGGGAAGCCCUUGCAGAAGUUUUCCGACUGUCCACACAUUGAUCCGAUGACUCACAACCUGAACAGGAUUCUCAUAGACAACGGCUACCAGCCGGAGUGGAUCCUGAUGCAGAAAGAAAUACGAGAAACGAUAGAGCAGCUAAGAAAGGGCAUAGUGGCAUCCAGGAGUAAGCUGGGAGGGCCAAUGACGCCGUACAGGGAGAAGCAAUGGAGCCGCCUUUGUGAGCAGUUCGCAGAAGAUAUCCGGAAGCUGAACAAAAGAAUCGACAACUUCAAUUUAGUUGUUCCCCUUCUGAGCAGGCAAAUGGUGCACUUCAGUGCAGCCAGAGAAAUUGCACGAGCACAAAAGACUUACGAAGCUCUGGUGGAAAGCAGGGAGGCUUCUCAUUCRGACACGAAGGAAGCUGAACAGAAAGAUGUCAAAAGGUUUGGGUUGAAGUCUUCGUUAUUUAAGUGGUUAAAUCUUGGCUUGAAAUAGGAUAAUAUUAAUCUUGUCAAGAUUUUUGAAUGCACUUUAUUACUAAAACAUACAGCACUAGAAAGAGAGAUUUCAGGUAUACUGCAAAUAUAAAACCCACCUGUCUGUUGUUACAACUGUUAGAAGGAAUUGGGUUGUCUGAUGGGCAUUUGCAGGUGCUUAAUAGGUUUCUCUGUGCAUACAGUAAAGCAACAAAUAAAUUCUCUCU